UUUUUAUAGUCCGCUCCGCUGGUUGAAUUCAGAUCAAACUAGUUUUGGUUGGCGGCUACCGAGGCGAAAAGAUUGAGCUAAAAAUAAGUCAAAAUCAGUAGUUGGAGCACAUUUAGCUCACGUAAAAAACAAACCUACUAGUGACGCGAAGAUGAGCGACACCGAGAAAGAGUUCAAGAAGGUUGAGGUUGGAAGAAAGAAAAAAAGGCGGAAGACGUUUCAGAUGCGAAGUUGUUAAUGUUUGAAGCCAAUGCCGUUGAUGCAUGCUAAUGUAUUGGGAGCAGGAAAAAAGAAGCGCUCAAGAUCCUAUCCCUCGACUAGUGUUGUAAUGGCAGAUGGUAAAAUUGGGGAAGAGGAGCAAAAAAGACGUCGUAAUGUCAAAGAGAAGAAAGAAGAAAUGAAGGGUUGUUUUGAAGUAAUGAAGUAAAAGAAGUAAUGAAGUUAUGAUCAGAAGUUUGGCCGGGAGCCACAGCCUGGCUCGGGGAGUUCCUCCCCGCGGCGAUCGGCAAAAUCCGUCAGCCGCUCGCCAGCACGCUCCAAAGAGGGUUCCCGCCAUUCCAGGUCCAGGUCUCGCUCACGCUCCAGAUCCAAGUCCAAAUCUAGGUCCCGUUCUCACCGGAGCUCACGCAGGAACUAUUCCCGCUCUCGUUCCCGCUCCCGACGUCGCCGUUCCCGAAGCCGGUCUGGCAGCCGGCGGAGGAGCCACAGCCGCUCCCCUAUGUCCAACCGACGCAGGCACAUUGGCAACAGGGCCAACCCUGACCCAAACACCUGCCUGGGUGUGUUUGGCCUGAGCCUGUACACCACCGAGCGGGACCUGCGAGAAGUGUUUUCCAAGUACGGCCCCCUGGCGGAUGUCAACAUAGUGUACGAUCAGCAGUCACGGCGCUCCAGGGGAUUCGCCUUUGUCUACUUUGAGAACUACGAAGACUCCAAGGAGGCCAAGGAGCACGCCAACGGAAUGGAGCUGGACGGUCGCCGAAUCCGUGUGGAUUUCUCCAUUACCAAACGAGCGCACACCCCCACUCCUGGCAUCUACAUGGGACGACCCACAUAUGGCGGUGGGGGUGGCGGUGGCGGCGGCGGAGGAGGAGGAGGCGGAGGCGGUUCAAGACGCAUGUCGAGGGACUACGACAGAGGCUACGAUCGAGGUUACGAUCGAGGUUAUGAUCGGGACUACGAUCGCUAUGACGACCGGGAGUACCGAUCAUACAGACGAAGAUCUCCAUCGCCGUACUACAGCAGGGGGUACCGCUCUCGAUCCAGAUCCCGAUCCUACUCCCCACGUCACUACUGAGCAGUGAGUCGUCCAUGGUUUUUAAAUGUUAUGACCAGAUCACAGUGUACACACUGAAAUGCAUGGAAAUACAAAUUUACCUAAGAAAUCCGAGGAUGAUGUGCACAACGUUGCUGGUCUUGAAAGUUGCGUAACUGAAACCCCCCACACCCCUUUUACUUUUUUUUUUUUUUUUUUUUUUUUUUUUUUUUUUUUUUUGUGGACACACAACCAAAAGGGUGACAGUUAGAAGAAUUUAGUUUUUUUGUUUUGUAGUGUAAAAGUGACUUUGGAGUCUGGAUGUUUUUCUAUACAAGCAGAUUUGUUCGCUUCUCGUGGCAGGUUUGAAUGCAGCUGCCUUUGUUGUUGUUGUUCAGUUCAUCUUCCCUGUUAUAUGUUCACGUUACUCUUAGUGCUGCACCUAUCGUCUCUUAAGGAUCAAAAUCUGGUCACGAUUCAUAGAACAUGGUGAGCUUCCAUUAGGUUUUCUCUAUGUUCAGGAAUAGAAGUACUGACCACAGUAAAUUGCAUAAAAUGGCUUGCGUCCUUCUGCAGUUUUAGGCACGCACAUGAGGUCUGAUUUGUAUGUCAUUUGUCAUGUGGAUUUUCAAAUAAAAGUUGAAAAGCA